GCCAUACCGACUUGGAUUAUCUGCUAUUGUCUGCAUACAAUAUACUGAAAGCAUCUUAGGGUGUUGGAUUCUGCAUCAACUGCUAUGAUGUGCUAUGCGGCGUACACGUACCUGAUCACUGACUUCAUGGACGUACUCGCACUUUUGCACAUCAACAAAGUUCUCGGGUCGGAACCAAUAGUAGCUAGCAUUGUAGCUGUCAUCGUUCAUGGGUUCCUGGCUUAUCGAAUCUGGACAUUGAACAAACGCUUUGCUCCGCUAUCUGUUGUCAUUACUGUCCUUUCUGUUGCCGGUUUAGCACUCGGUUGUUAUGCCACUGUGCGACAAAUCAGGAGUACCUCGUUUGCUAUACUAGAAGAAGCCAGUUUCAAUUGGAUCGACAGUGUAAUAAUCAGCCUGACUGUAACGGCCGACGUCAUGAUAUCUACCACUAUAAGCUAUCAGCUAUACCGAAGUCGAACAGGCAUUCCCAGCACCGAAAGGAUGAUUAAUGCGUUGACACUUUGCUACAUCAUUACCACUGGUAUCAUACCCGCCGUCUUGAACGGCGCGGAACUUAUCGCAUAUGAGGUAGCACCUACAUGCCUCGCUUUUCUAGUGUUCGAAAUGCUCAUCACCAAAGCUUACGUCAAUACUUGUAUGGUCACCCUCAAUUUACGACAGAGUAUCCACGGGAAAAGCCUUCCUGACGCUCUACUAAGUAUCCACCGGGCUGGAGAAUUGCCAGCACUCGUGUUGCAUGCUAGAGACCCUCCGCCAUCGUCGGCUGACGACACGGAUGACAUGAUCAUGUCCGCGAUCAAGUCAAAAUCCACUAUCCUUACAUGUGAACAAUGUGGCUCGGUGGUUUGACGACUCAUCAGAACAACUGUACCUCCCGCCGGUGAUUAGCCUUCAUGUUUCACCGUGGACUGAGUGCACAAAGUAGCAAUGCUUGGCG